ACACCGACUCCGCACAUUUCUUUCGUCUUCUUUUCUUCUGCAAUAUCCACUACUUCGAUUUCGAUCAAGUUCUUCUCAAAAUUUGGCAAACUAUUCCAAAUAAUUUAAAUUUCUAGUUAAUUAAAGGAGGAACUUAUUCUCCUAAGAAGAAAAAGAACUACGGGCGUAUGUCAAUCCAGAAUUUGAACACUUUCGACCCUUUUGCUGAUGCAAUUAAGGGCUCGGAAGAGGGUGUUCAAGAUGGUUUCGUUCACAUAAGAAUCCAACAGCGCAACGGUCGUAAAACGCUCACCACGGUCCAAGGACUCUCUUCGGAAUAUGACUUGAAGAAAAUUGUCCGUGCCUGCAAAAAGGAAUUCGCUUGCAACGGAACUGUCGUUGAGCAUCCCGAAUACGGAGAAGUUUUGCAACUGCAGGGAGAUCAACGAGAAAACAUUUGCCAGUGGCUGACCAAAACUGGUCUCGCAAAACCAGAUCAACUCAAAGUUCACGGAUUUUAGAUUUUUUUUGUCUUUUUGUAUCAAACCUAUUGCUUCUACUAUUUGUAAAUUAAGGUAAACAUCAAGAAUGUACUGAACCAUCAAGAAUCAUCUGUAUCAAAUGGAAUUAUAAUAUUUGCAUUAAUUGCGAAAGAAUAUGUUGAUAUGAAGCAAGUUAA